AUGGUCCUUUGCAUUAAUCAGCUCUCUCCCUCUCUUUUCCUCUGCAGUCGCCUCUCUCCUUCCUUGAUUUUUUCACACUCUUUUGUUACUUUACUCUGCCCCCCCAUUCCUCCCCCCACCCACCCUCCAUUUCCUCUCUUAUUUCCCCUUUGUCCUCCCCCUCUCCCCUUCCGCCCCCCAUUCCUCCCCCCACCCACCCUCCAUUUCCUCUCUUAUUUCCCCUUUGUCCUCCCCCUCUCCCCCUUCCACCACCCUCCUCUUCCCCCUUCCCUCCAGGUGCGCUCAUGGGCAGCAGCAGUUCCCCCGUCCCCAGAUACCAUCACCAUCUCCCUGCACCUCCCAUUCAGCACAGCCCCUCACGUGUGGCUCUCAACAGGGCAUGAGCAGGCCAUGUGGUGCAACCAGCCUGUGGCUCAGCAGGGCACGAGCAGGCCGUAUGGUGCAGCCAGCCCGUGGCUCAGUAUCACCGGCAUUACAGCAGGUCACAGGACAGGUGCCCCAGCCGUCCCCUCCUUCUCUGCUCAUGCUGCCUAUCCCCUCGCCUCCCCUUGCUCCCUUUGGCUCCCCUUGCUUCCCCUCGCCUCUCCUUGCCUAUUUCCCUCCCAGUCCUUGCCAGUAUCACUGGCAUCACAGCAAGUCACAGGACAGGUGCCCCAGCCGUCCCCUCUUGCUCUGCUCAUGCUGGGUGGUGGUGGUGUGAGAAAGGCCACUUUGCGCGUGAAUAUCAACACCAACACCAAGCCGUCCCCUCUUGCUCUGCUCAUGCUGCCUCUGGAGAUAGCAGUUGGGGUUGGUGGUCGUGUGAGUGAGAAAGGCCACACUGCGUGUGAAUAUCAACACCAACACCAAGGCAAGCCUUGCCCCCCUCUGCACUUCCUCUCUGUGGAGCUGGCACCACUCAAUCUCCACGCUCAACUUACUCCCUCCUUCUCUUCCUCCUCCUCCUCCUCCUCCUCCUCCUCCUCCUCCUCCUCCUCCUCCUCCUCCUCCUCCUCCUCCUCCUCAUCCUCCUCCUCCUCCUCCUCCUCCUCCUCUUCCUCCUCCUCCUCCUCCUCCUCCUCCUCCUCCUCCUCCUCCUCCACCACCUCCUCUCCAUCAAGAUGCUCUCCUGGCAUGCAGCACGUGUCUUCACAGGAUAGCGGCUGGAUGGGUGCCCUUAGACGGGAGUCUUUUCUAAACCCGUCCCCUCUCCCCGAUUCCAUCCCCUCUCCCCGAUUCCAUCCCCUCUCCCCGAUUCCAUCCCCUCUCCCCCAUUCCAUCCCCUCUCCCCAUUCCAUCCCCCUCUCCCCCAUUCCAUCCCCCUCUCCCCCAUUCCAUCCCCUCUCCCCGAUUCCAUCCCCUCUCCCCCAUUCCAUCCCCUCUCCCCCAUUCCAUCCCCUCUCCCCGAUUCCAUCCCCUCUCCCCGAUUCCAUCCCCUCUCCCCCAUUCCAUCCCCUCUCCCCGAUUCCAUCCCCUCUCCCAGAUUCCAUCCCCUCUCACCGAUUCCAUCCCCUCUCCCCGAUUCCAUCCCCUCUCCCCCAUUCCACCCCACUCCCCGAUUCCAUCCCCUCUCCCCGAUUCCAUCCCCUCUCCCCGAUUCCAUCCCCUCUCCCCGAUUCCAUCCCCUCUCCCCGAUUCCAUCCCCUCUCCCCGAUUCCAUCCCCUCUCCCCGAUUCCAUCCCCUCUCCCCCAUUCCAUCCCCUCUCCCCCAUUCCAUCCCCUCUCCCCCAUUCCACCCCACUCUCCCUCAUUCCACCCCCCUCUCCCCCAUUCCAUCCCCUCUCCCCGAUUCCAUCCCCCUCUCCCCCAUUCCAUCCCCUCUCCCCCAUUCCACCCCCCUCUCCCCCAUUCCACCCCACUCUCCCCCAUUCCACCCACCUCUCCCCCAUUCCAUCCCCUCUCCCCGAUUCCAUCCCCUCUCCCCCAUUCCACCCCCCUUCCCCCCAUCCCCCAGGAGCCCAGCCGAGUCCCACCAGUUGCCACCCAGCUGUUGCUAUCCUGGCAUCUGCUCACACCGCUUCUCCUGCUGCUCCAGCCACAUCUGAGACUGCAGCAGCGAGUGCUAGUGAUCAGAGUAGCUGCACACGCCGUGAAGGGAGUCAUAAUACCCUCUCCACUCAUACAUUCCACCACUCCACGAUUCUCGAGCUCGACUCUCCCCCUCCGCACCUCACUCGCCCCUUCUGCCACCACUGCCACGAUCACCACAAUCUCCCUCAUUGUCACUGCUGCGAUUGCCACCAUUCCCACUGCCGCUCGCACAAGAGCGAGCAGGAUGGCGGGGGUGCAGCGGCACACAGUAGCUCUCGUUGUGUACCCCUCCCUCAUUGUCUCAGCAUCCCACUCCUCCCACCCACCCCCACUCCCUUCUCCUCCUGCCCUCCCUUCCUCCAGGCGGACCCUUCCUGCCCCUCCUCCCUCCUCAUCUCCAUUGAUCUCCCUCGCUCCCUCACCUCCCACUGCCUUCCUGCCCCUCCUCAUUGCCUCAACUUCCCACUCCUUCUGUGCACCCCCACACCCUCCCUCCAAGCGGAUCCAUCCUGCACCUCCUCCCUCAUCAUCUCCGUCGACCUUCCACGCUCUCUCACCUCCCUCCUCUCCUCCCUCCCUCUUAUCAUUGGCUCGGCCCUCUCGCUCGCUCUCUGCACCUCCUCCUACCUCUUCUCUCACUCAUUCACCCACUCCUCUCCCUCUCUUCACACUCUCCCUUCCCUCCUCUCUCUCAUCGCCUCCUCUCCUUGGCCCUCUUUCUCUAGCAAUGUCUCACGCUCCCUCCUCUCCUCACUCAUCACCUUCUCUCUCCUACACUCCCUCUCUCACUCCUCCCACUCCUCGCACCCCUUCUCUCACUCACACCACCUAGAAUCACCCCACACACACGAAUCAUUUCCCAUAGUCCAGCCGCAGUCUGCUUCCUCCUCCUCCUCCUCCUCCUCCUCCUCCUCCUCCUCCUCCUCCUCCUCCUCCUCCUCCUCCUCCUCCUCCUCCUCCUCCUCUUCCUCCUCCUCCUCCUCCUCCUCCUCCUCUCACCCUCUCCCUCUAUACUUCUCCCUCCUAUCUCCUCUCCUCCUCUCCCUCCCAUCCCUUCCAAGACUCUCUCCCACACUCACCUCAUUCCUUCACAGUCUUAACUCUUUCCUCCAGAACCAACCACACCAUGCCACAUCGUAUUCACCUCUCCUUGCAUCGCAACAUGGAUAUUGGCCUGCUCUCCUCUUCCUCUUUCUGCUCCUUCCACUCGCCCUCGUCUCCCCAUUCCUCGCUCUUCUCCUCGCUGCUGCUGCUCAAAUUACAUGA